UGUAGAUCAGUAGAUAUAUAGCUAGGAAAGCAUAUAUAUCAUUUGGCGUCCAUGCGCUAAUUCUCUAAAACCUUGAAUGAGAGAAAGAGAAAAGAGCUUAGAAAACAACAAAGUUGCCUAAACAUCAUGGGUUUUAUGUUUCUCAAGAAGUUCACUAUCCUUAUUCUCCUGAUUUCUGCAGCAUCACUUUUAUCAACCUCUUUUGCAGCAGGUGGACAAUCCAAAUUUGUCAAUAAGUUGGCUAAAGAAGCAGUGGAUGAAACUCCAGAGGAAGUAUUAGGGAAGCCAUUGAGCCGCAAGGAAGCUGCCAGAAUCCAUGAAAGGCUUCUCAGGGCUAACACAAAAGAUUAUGGACGAUACGAUCCAGCACCUGCUCUUGUUAAGCCUCCUUUCAAGCUCAUUCCAAACUGAUCAUGGUUUAGACAUCAAAGUUGGAAGUUGGAGUACGUAGUAGUGUCUUAUCAUUAAAUAAAACGAACUAGCUUAUGGUAUUCACUAUAAAGACAUGAAAGAAUCCCCUACUAGUGUAAUUAUAUGACAUAUAUAGACAAUAUAAAUACUAAGUUUUGAGGUGUAAUAUCAAUGUGUCGUUUUAUUCAUCUGUUAUAUAUAUGGCUUCUUAUAUAUGAAGAGAUUUGUCGGUAGUUUAUCAA